AUGGGUAUCUCCAGAGACUCUCGCCACAAGCGCUCCGCCUCCGGCGCGAAGCGUGCCUACUACCGGAAGAAGCGCGCUUUCGAGGCCGGCCGUCAGGCCGCCAACACCCGUAUCGGUGCCAAGCGCAUUCACACCGUCCGCACCCGUGGCGGCAACCACAAGUACCGUGCCCUGCGUCUCGACUCGGGCAACUUCGCCUGGGCCUCGGAGGGCUGCACCCGCAAGACCCGUGUCAUCGGCGUCGUCUACCACCCGUCCAACAACGAGCUGGUCCGCACCAACACCCUGACCAAGUCGGCCGUCAUCCAGAUCGAUGCCGCUCCCUUCCGUCAGUGGUACGAGGCCCACUACGGCCAGCCCCUGGGCCGCCGGCGGCAGCAGAAGCAGGGCAACCUCGAGGAGCCCGCCAAGAAGUCCAGCUCGGUCGAGAAGAAGCAGGCUGCCCGCUUCGCCGCGUCCGGCAAGGUCGACAACGCCCUCGAGCGCCAGUUCGAGGCCGGUCGCCUGUACGCUGUCGUCUCCAGCCGUCCCGGCCAGUCCGGCCGCUGCGACGGCUACAUCCUCGAGGGUGAGGAGCUUGCCUUCUACCAGCGCAAGCUGCACCGGUAA